AUGGAUACCAGCGAUUCUACCCCGCUAAAUGCGGAUUAUAAUCUGGAAACCCCCAUUAAUGCGUCAUCGGGGAUCCGACAAGGCUUGACAGCAUACGGUGACCCGCAUUUCUCGCUCUUCCUGCGCAAGGUCUUCAUUAAAGCGCUGGGUUACAGUGAAGAUGCGCUGUCACUCCCGGUCAUUGGGAUCAUCAAUACCUACUCGGGGUUUAAUCCAUGCCAUGCAAAUGUGCCCCAGCUCAUCGAUGCUGCAAAAAGAGGCAUACAGCUUGCGGGCGGGCUAGCUAUUGAUUUCCCCACAAUCAGCAUUCAUGAGUCGUUUUCGUCGCCGACGAGCAUGUUCCUCAGGAACCUCAUGAGUAUGGAUACCGAGGAGGUGAUUAGGGCGCAGCCUGUUGACGCCUGCAUCAUGAUCGGAGGUUGCGACAAGACUGUUCCCGCUCAAAUCAUGGGUGGUUUAUCCGCAAACAAGCCUGUUCUGCCUCUCAUUACUGGUCCAAUGAUGCCGGGUAGUCAUAGAGGCGAGAGGAUCGGUGCAUGUACAGACUGCAGAAAUAACUGGGCAGCUUUCAGAGCUGGCAAAGUGGACGUAGAGGAGAUCUCUGCCAUCAAUGAGGAGUUGGCGCCUACAGGCGGCACAUGCGGCGUUAUGGGAACAGCCAGUACCAUGGCCUGUCUUACUGCUGCUCUUGGUUUGAUUCCAUUGAAAGGCGCCAGCGCCCCGGCAGUGUCUUCAGCACGUUUGCGCAUCGCAGAGUUGACCGGUCGUAAUGCAGUAGCCACAGCAAAGGCCAGAAGAACGCCGCAGAGCAUCAUCAGCAAGGAGUCUGUCUAUAACGCCAUCACUGUCCUGCAAGCAAUAGGAGGUAGCACUAAUGGCGUGGUGCACCUCCUGGCCAUCAUAAACCGUCACCCAGACCUCCAGGGAAAGAUCACCUUAGAUGACUUCGACAGAAUCGGCCGCGCAACACCCAUGCUCAUCGACCUCAAACCAAGCGGUGACAAUUACAUGACUGAUUUCCACAAGGCUGGCGGCAUGGAGGCUCUUCUUCUUACUCUUCGUCCCCUACUUCAUUUAUCUGCGUUAACAAUUACCGGCCAGACACUCGGUGAGGUUCUCGACACGAGCAGGUUCAAACCGUUCCCAUUUUCCACGCAGAUUAUUCGGCCAUUGUCCAACCCGCUCCAUCCCAGCUCCAGCCUUGUCGUUCUCCGAGGAAAUCUCGCGCCAGACGGGGCCGUUCUGAAAGCCUCCGCGUCCAAGGAUCGGAGUCUCUUGUCACACUCUGGCCCCGCAGUGGUUUUCGAAAACACAGAGGACAUGGCUAUUCGGAUUGAUUCACCAGAUCUCGAAGUGACUCCGACUUCUGUUAUGGUCUUAAAAAACGUGGGACCGAUUGGUAAUCCCGGCAUGCCUGAAGCGGGACUGAUUCCGAUCCCCCGCAAGCUAGGGAGUCAAGGAGUAAAAGAUAUGCUAAGAAUCAGCGAUGGACGCAUGAGUGGUACCGCGGGCGGCACUAUCGUUCUUCACAUAUCGCCUGAGUCAGCUCAGGUUGGCAGUGCCCUGGGAGUUGUGCAGAACGGAGACACGAUUACCUGUGAUGCAGAGAAGCGAUUGUUGACACUGGAUGUCAGCCAGGAGGAGAUCAAGAGGAGAUGGACGGAGAAACUGGGUACUCCUGUCGAGCAGGCUCGUAAACGGCCCCAGCCAGGAAGAGCAGGAAGAGGGUAUCGGAAACUGUAUGAACAGAGUGUGAACCAGGCUCACGAGGGUGCUGAUUUUGAUUUCUUGACGGCAAAUGGAGGCAAUCAGUAGAUCUGAAGGCUGCCAUCGGUUUUCUUAAGGUCUACAGAUAGUCUUGCACUAUACAUCGCCUCUGCUCUAUGAUGUUCCAUCGUGGCUAUGAAAUCUUCUUGAAUAUCCUACACCUGCCCGCUAAUACAAAUUUGCACAUCACCGGCGGCUUCGAUUUUGACCAAGGGUUCUCCUUUCCAGGGCGUGGGUUUAGGAGUAGUGCCGACAGUGAUUCCCUUGUCAGGACCGUGAUAUAGAGCGGCCUCCAUGGACAUGAUGAGCCGUACGCUCGUCUUGAUUCUCGGGUUCAACAGCAAGACAACUAGGUAGACUAUUAGAGCUGUCAUUCAAACGGUGUCUAUGGUCUAUACACAUAUUUUGCUAUGCGGGUCUUUGUUCAUCUCGUCCAACACGCACGCAACAGGCCUGACCGGUGCUGGCGGAGUUAGGAACAUUGAGCAGAACUCGUUGUUCCUCGGCCUUUUACACAACAGGAAAUGUGCUACUCUCUUCAGAAGCAUUGAUUAUACAUCUCGUUCCGUCCUCUGUCAAUCUAUAUAGAGAGGAUUGAAAAUACCCCGCUGUUCCCCGUCCGAGGUUCAUUCUCGGAAUGAUGUCGUUAUUCCUUUUCCAUCGGCGUGGAAGCUUAAGGAUCGCCAUAUUCAAUCGGAGAAAGAGAUGUUCAGUAGAGAUGGUUGGGAUGAAUGGGUAUUUUUUUGAUGUACGAUAUAUAUCACAGUAGCAAACCCUAUAACGG